AAGGAAUUAUAUCCUUUCGUAAAUCCAUGUCCUCUUGACCUAUUUCUGGAAUGGGAAUAGUAGGCAUAUUUUUAUCGAUGACGGACAGGACAAAUUGACAUGUGUGGGGAUUUUCAGCCGGGCAAGCAGUGUUUAUUUUCCGCUCAUUGUAAGUUGACGCACCUGACCAAAUCCCGCACUUUUUACCAGUUUCCCAGCACAGAAGCCAGUCAUGGGAAGAAAACCCAAAACUCCGGAGAGGAAGAAGAAGCCACCCACACGAAAAGAACUGCGGAAGCAAAAGAGGGAGCAGAAGAAGAAACUGAAGCACACAUUUUUCUCCCAGAAGAAGAAGAAAGUGGUCGAGUCUAAGAAGAAGAAAACAACAAUCGAGAAAACGGAAAUUUCUGACGAGGAGAUUCCGUCUGAUGACGAGCUGCCUUCUCCAAAUCCUGUCAACGGUGGAAAGGCAGUGAUUGAGCAUCCAUUGGAUCGUUUCAAGAAGGCCGCAGAGAAGCAGAACAAGCUGGUGAAGGAGAUCACGAGCGGCUCGAGGAAGAGAAGAAUUAAGCAACUGAAGGCGGAAAAUGAGAAGGAAGAUCGCCUCAUUCGGCAGCUGGAAAAGAAGCUGAAGAUUGAUAAGAAGCGUGGCGAUAAAUCUGUGCCGAAGUGCUUCGAUGACGGAUUUGAUUACAUCCUGGAGCUGUGUCUGCCCGAGAACAUUGAUAACAUGUACAAGGCAGCCAAGGAGGCGAAGGAUCUCGAUGGAGAAGGCUCGAAAGGGGAGGAGCUGCGAUUGAAGGAUGCUGAAAAGAGGUACUUUGGAAGCGACAGUGAACUGGAGAGCGUGGAUUCUGAGAUUGAAGAAAAUAUAGAUGAAGAACUUGGAAAUAUUGGGAGCGAUUCCGAGGAUGAUGUGCAAUCUCAUCGAUACGUUCGAGCGCCAGAGUAUCUCUCAGAUGACUCAGAAGAUGAGGAACUUCAGGAGGAGGAAGAGGAGGAAAACGACAAUGCUGAUGAAGAGAGCAACUAUGCGGAGGAGGAAAACAGUGAUGCCGAUGGCGUUGAGGAAGAUAUCUAUGGACGGACGAGAGACAAAGCCGGGAAUGUCGUGAAUGGAAAGUACAUUCCACCGCACAUGAGAGCUCAGCAGGCCAGCAGCGAUGAGAAGCUGCAGAGAUUGAGGAAGCAGCUGAAAGGGUGGCUCAACAGACUAGCAGAAGCGAAUUUGCAGAAAAUUGCGAAGGACACCGAGGAUCUCUACAUGAAGAACUCCCGCCAUGACAUGAAUCACACGCUUUGCUCCCUCAUCGUGGAGUCCAUCGUCACACCCGUGAACGCUGUGGAGCGAAUGGUGCAGGAACACGCACUGUUCAUUGCUGUUCUGCACGCGAACGUGGGCAGCGAAGUUGGUGCGCACUUCUUGGAGGCGCUCGUGCAGAAAUUCGACACGCUGCUCAAUCAGAUGGAAGCGUACGACGUGGAAGAGAAGCAGCUGGACAAUGUGGUGCUCUUCCUCUGCCACUUGUACACGUUUCGGAUUUGUCAUCACAGCCUGAUCUUCGAGUUGCUAAAGAGAGUGAGUGCUGAGUUAAGUGAGAAGUGCGUGGAGUGUAUUUUGGUGGUUCUGCGGUCUGUUGGCUUCGCGCUGCGAAAGGAUGAUCCAGUGGCGCUCAAGGAAUUCAUUGGAGAGAUUCGCCAGAAGGCAGACACACUUCCGGAAGCCCUGAAAGACAACCCGAGGAUGAAAUUCAUGCUGGAUAUUUUGGUGGCUGUGAAGAACAACAACAUGCUGAAGAUUCCCAAUUACGAUCCCAGCCUCGCUGAGCAUCUCAGGAAGUUGCUGAAGGGAAUCCUGAGGAAUGAGAAAUACGUCACGACACUUAACAUCCGCAUGGAUGAUCUCCUGGCGGCUGACCAAAAGGGAAAGUGGUGGAUUGUGGGUUCUGCGUGGACUGGAAGGCAGUCUGAGGGCCAAGGAAGCGUCGGCCGAGGCAAAAAUGGUCAAAAGUUCUCGUCAGAAGUGUUGGAAUUGGCGAAAAAACACCGCAUGAACACGGAGGAUAAGACCAAUGUCUUCUGCACACUCAUGACAGCCACUGAUCAGACGGAUGCCGUGAAUCGACUUCUGGAACUCUCCAUCAAGGACACUCGUGUGAUUGCCACAAUCCUGAUCUACUCCUGCCUCUGCGAGCCCGCCUACAAUGCUUUUUACGCCGUCGUGGCGCAGCAACUCUGCUCUUCCGACCGAAAGCACCGACUGGCCAUCCAAUUUGCGUCAUGGGACAAGAUCAAGGUCCUGGGGAAUCUCAAUGACAACCAAAUUGAUAACUUCUCGAAAUUCCUUGCGCACCUAAUCGAGGAAGGCGCGCAAUCGCUCUCAAUCCUGAAAGUGAUUGACUUUGGCCAGAUUGACAAGGCUUCCGUGAAACUAGUCAGGAGGAUUAUGCUGACGAUUCUCCUGAAGGACGACUACACCUGUCGAAAGGUCUUUGACAAAAUCGCUCCCAGCGCUAAGUUGAAGUCCUUCAAAGUGAGCCUGAAACUCUUCCUGCAGCACUUCCUCGUGAAGAAGGCAAACAAACUGGACCUACCUGAGGAUCAACUCCAAACGAUGAUGAAGCGCAUUGCAAUCGCCGACGAAUCCUUGUCCUCCAGUUCAAGAGUUCUUCUGUAGAGAAUACUUUUGGAGAACAAAUAAACUUGUAUAUUUCAAUUUUCCAC